CUACACGCUCCCAAAAUAUUGAUUUACGAAAAAACAUUUCGGCGUCCCCAUUGCGCAUGCUCGCACAAAAGGAUACCAGAGGGCUGUGAAUCUCAAAUCUACUUAGUUUUUAUAUUUCAUGUAAAUAGUAGCCAAAUGAUAGACCCAAUAUUUUUACAAAAACAACGAAAAUCAUCCGACACGUUCGUUAAGUAGAAAUCAUAAGUUAGUAAACAGUGUCACAGAAAUGGGUAAUAUUCAGGGAAAUGAAAAACAAAGUAAGACGGGCAAGUCACCAGCAAAAGGGCGGAAUUUUUUGAAAAACAGAAAAUCACCGGGUAGGGACAGCAAGAAACAUGGAAGGAAAAAGAGCGGCGGGAAGCGAGGGGCCGCCGAUACGUUCGAUAAAACGCCCGAUUCCGAUAAUAUUGAAGUGGAAGCGUCAGAUAACGAUACGCUCGAGUGCGCGUCGAAAACGGGAGGGAGCGCGGAGUCGGCGAGUCAGUCGGAGGUAACGGUGUCCAGGUGCGAGGAUAGGUCAGCGACCCGCGCGCGCUCGCCCUCCACGCCCGACUCAGUGCUCACGGACCCGCUGGCGCCGCUCGCCGCCGUCGAACUCAACCAGUGCUACUACUCGGCCGAGAGCAGCGCGCACGACGACGCGCACACGCUCACACCCAUGCCGCACGACGACGCGACCUCCUUGCUCGACUUAGACAAAGAAGAAAAAUCUGACGUGUUCGAUGACAGUGACAAGAGUGACAAUGUUAUGGGGUUGUCCGGCAGCCGCGGGGAGCGGCUGGAGAGGCUCACGCACGAGUGCGGACACGAGUUCCGCGAGUUCCGGCUGAAGGCGGCGCCGGCGCAGUCCUCGUUCACGGUGUCGCGGCACCGGAAGGUGGAGCUGCAGCCCGCGCCGCCCGUGCCUGCCGUGUCCGACGCCGAGCCCGUCCUCGAUAAUGAAGAACGUCGAGCAGCCAGCGUGAGCGACGCGCUACCGGAGUCCAACGUGCUUCGGAAGGUGGCCUCGCUCACGCUAGACAAGCAUUCCGAGCCGCGUGUGCAGCGCCCCAACUUCGUGCCGGAGAAGCUCAACUUCCAGCUCUAUGAGAAGUUUGAAGGGCUUAUGCUUCUCAACUGGUUCAUAUCGUCUGUUGCGGAGAACAGUUACUUGAAAAACCUCCUGACCGCACAAGAUUUGAAGAACCUUGGAAUUCAAUACUGCACGCACCUGCUGGCCGCGGGGGUGCUCCGCCAGAUUCCUGAUAAGGAUGCGCCCACGGAAAAUAUUUUUAAGCCUAAUUUAAUGUACUACUGGGCCCACAUGGAAACCCCUGUGUCUCAGCCGAUCACCCCUGGCCGGCUACACGUCUCCUGGCCAGACAAAGAUGUCUACAGCAUCACCCAAGAUCACAUCACAAACCUGCGCAAUGAAAAUCACAUAUUCAGCAACCAAAAUAACAACGAAGAAAUUGCUGAUAUCAGCGAAGCGAAAGCAGUCAUAUCGCAGCUCAGAAAUAGACUAAUAGAUUUAGAAUUACAAAUUGAGAAAUUAAAGUUAAGUGCUCAAAUUGAAACAAUCAACAAAAAUUUGGAGAAAUGUUUCGAGUUUCCAGAUAAACUAAGUAAAUCGGUGGACAAAGAGAUACAAACAUCCAUCGAAACGCUUCCCGAACCUGUGAUAUCUUUACCCGCUAAUCAGUGUGUAAGAACAAGAGAUUUAGAUGUAAGUACAGUAGCUUGUAAUACUGAACAUAUUAACAAUGUUCAAAAAGGAAGAUCUGAUAGUAUAGAAAAUUAUUGUAAGCUAAAUAAAAUACGAGAUUAUGAAGCACAUAAAGACUCUGACAACGAAAGACUGGAUAAAAUUGAAGAAAAAGAUGUUAAAGAGACCCCUGAAAAAGCUUUGACAGACUCCCUACACAGUAUAGGAAGCUCAGAAGCUUCAUUCUUUAGUAUUCAUAACACCGAUUUAAUUACUAGUACACACGAAUGUUCCUCCGAUAUACUUAGGAAAGACAGCGAAUCAAAGGCUGCAAUAAACACUCCAAUUACAGAAGUAUUAUAUAUAAAUAAUGAUAUUCAAGUUAAUACAAUGGCAUCAACAGAAACUAGCAAGUUAUCAUCAGAAAGCACAUGCAUAUCAUCUGACAGUGAAACUACGAAACUACAAACUGACGAAAAACCUAAGCAAAUAUCAGAACCGAGCAGCCUAAAGGCAGUGCCACCUGCGCCUCCUCUACCAGAGUCUUUGGAGCCUAUGACAGACCCAACCCCCCUUACAUCUCCUGACCAAACUCAAAAUGUCUCGCCUGAAUUACAAGCUUCGAAACCAACGUCUCCGGUGCCAUCAAAUAUGUCUCCAACAACAAAUACUCUUUCUACCUCUAAAGAACCAAUAGGUCCAACUAUUUCUUCACUCGGGUUGGGUCCACCGCCUCCACCGAUGCCUGAUUUGGUUCCUAUGCCUCCAUCAAUGCCAGAUACAUGUCCGUUACCCCCACCAAUGCCCGAUACGGCGCCGCCUCCUCCUCCAAUGCCCGAUAUGGGGCCCCCACCCCCACCAAUGCCUGGCAUGUUUCCUCCACCACCUCCAAUGCCCGGUAUGGGCCCCCCUCCCCCACCGAUGCCUGGUAUGGGGCCCCCUCCCCCACCGAUGCCUGGUAUGGGGCCCCCUCCGCCACCGAUGCCGGGUAUGGGGCCGCCACCCCCACCGAUGCCUGGUAUGGGGCCCCCACCUCCACCGAUGCCUGGUAUGGGGCCCCCUCCCCCACCGAUGCCUGGUAUGGGGCCCCCUCCCCCACCGAUGCCUGGUAUGGGGCCCCCUCCCCCACCGAUGCCUGGUAUGGGGCCCCCUCCCCCACCGAUGCCUGGUAUGGGGCCCCCUCCCCCACCGAUGCCUGGUAUGGGGCCCCCUCCCCCACCGAUGCCCGGCAUGGGGCCGCCAGCCCCGGCGCCCGCGCCGCCGCCGCCCCCGAGCUUGGGGCCUGCGCCGUUCCCUGCUCCGCCUGUAGGGGGCUGGACUAUGCAAAGAGCGACCUUAAGAAAGAUCCCCGUAAAGCCCGCAGCGCCAAUGAAGCCACUAUAUUGGACGCGCAUCCUCGCCCCUCCCGCGCCCCAAGCCUCAGGCGAAGCCCCCCAGGCCGCUGUAAAACCCCUCUGGCUUGAAAUAGAUGAAACCAAUCUGGAUAACAUAGAUGAAUUUACAGAUCUUUUCUCGAGACAAGUCGUCAAAGCGCCAGUAAAGAAGAAAGUUGAAGUGAAAACGAAAAUUCAGCCAGUUAAGAUAUUGGAGAGCAAGCGGUCGCAGAAUGUGGGGAUUUUGGCGCAGAGUUUGCAUGUGGAGUUUUCGGAGAUUGAGAAUGCCAUAUAUAAUUUCGAUACGUCCGUUGUGAGUUUGGAGGCGUUGCAGCAGAUCUACGAAAUGAGAGCGACCGACGAAGAGCUGUCCCAGAUUAAACAGCACCUGCAAACGAAGCCAGAUGUGCCACUGGACAAGCCGGAGGCGUUCCUCCACGACCUCAGCGGCAUUCCCAACUUCGCGGAGAGGAUAUCCUGCUUCAUGUUUCAGGCGGAGUUUGAGGAUGCAAUCAGUACGACCAUGCAUAAGCUGGAUAACUUGAAGCAUACUUGUGAGUUCUUGAUGACAAGCGAGGCGCUAAAGCGGGUGUUCGCGAUCAUCCUGACACUGGGGAAUUACAUGAAUGGCGGUAACGGGCAGCGUGGCCAGGCCGACGGCUUCGGCCUUGAGAUACUUUCCAAACUCAAGGACGUCAAGUCGAAGCGGUCAACGGUGACUCUGCUGCACUUCAUCGUGCGCACGCACACGCGCCUCGCCGGCGUGGGCACGGGCUCCCCCCUGCCCCUGCCCCUGCCCCUGCCCCUGCCCGUGCCGGAGCCGGGCGACGUGGCGCGCGCCGCCGCCAUCGACUUCGCCGACGUCGCCCAGUGUCUGGCCGAACUCACGCGGCAGCUGGCCGCAUGCAAAGAGAAAACCAAGAAAGUUCUAGAAAAAAACGACGCACAACGGAGUCCUGAAGAGAAUGAAUCAAAACGAAUAGACAUUUUCGAGGAAAAGAUGGGUACUUUCCUCGCAGCUGCCGAGGAAAAGUUGAAAGCCGAACAUGAAAACCUUGAAGAAUGUCGAAGCAAAUUCUUUGCAACAGUCAGGUUUUAUCAAUAUACCCCCAAAGUUGGGAAGUUGGAGGAUUGUGAGCCGAAGGAAUUUUUUUCGCUGUGGACAAGUUUCUGCAGUGACUUUAAGGAUAUUUAUAAGAAGGAGGAGCAGAUUGCAAUUAAAGAGAAACUAAAAGAAGCCAAGAAGCAUCAAUUAGAACGUAAAUCUCAAGCUAUCGUGCAACCGAAGAGAGAAGGCGGGUUAAAAGCACGCAUACAGAAACUCUCUAGCACCACUAGGAAGGAAACAAAUUGACAGUUUCGGCAUUUAGAUUUUUGAUUUCACGGGCUUAUAAAUCUCGAUCUUUUGAUAGGCUUGCGUGGGGUAUAGAUCCAACACGUAGAGGCCCUUUGGAGAGCUUUAAUGUCAUGUAGUACGCCUGCUGGAACCCGUUUACAGGCGCAACAAAAGACACCCAUGAACCGGUCGCAGCAGACAUUGGGACUAUUGUAGAAAAAGUGAACAGUAUACCGGUCUAUGGAUAGUUUGGGUGGACAAUGAGACGGGGCUAUUGUCAGCCGUGUCUCACUCCGCGAUUUCGUCGCGUCGCUACAAGUACCUGCGGCCGCCUCAAUUUUGAGGUUUUGCCAUAGUAAUUGCCGCACACCGCUAUGGAACGGACGCCUGCACGCGCUUGCGCCGCCUGGCGCGUAGUAGUCGCGUUUUGUUAGGGAGUGAAUCUUCUGUACCUAGUACUAUUAUAUAUUCUGUGCUGUUGUAAUGAUGUCCGGACACCUGCCAUAACAAUACUAGCACACGUUAUAGUUUAAAAUUCUCAAAUGAUUUUUACGCCUUAGACCCUAAUCUGUUAAACAAAAGCCAUUGUUUCUUUUUGUGUGGGCGGUUAGCUCCCGUAUAAGCCACAAUGUCUUUUAAAAAGCAACUGUAUCG